AAGGUAAGUGUAUAAAUUAUAAGUGUAUAAGGUACAUAUAAUCCGACUGAGGAACGAAACCAUUCUUUAAAUUUAGCCGCGUUAAUAUCAGCUGUAAUUCAGAUCAUAUUUAUUAACCUCAGUAAUGCAUUGUCUAUGCUACUUGUUAUGAAUAUGCGAUAUUAUUUUAUUAGCAAAAAUAAUGAAUAAAUUGUCAUCUUACACGAUAAAAGAGAUACACAGGGCGUAUCGUGAUAAAAUACUAACGCCGACAAGUUUUGUUGAUUUGUGUCUACAAAAGGCCAUACAGAGUAUCGAAUUGAAUGCCUUUACCACUAUAACUGACGACGAAGCAGAAAGUCACGCAAUCGAAAGCGAAAAACGACUUUACGUCGACAGAAAACCGAAGACUCUGGACGGUAUUACCAUCGGAAUAAAAGACAAUUUCUGUACUAGUAAUAUACCGACGACAUGCGGCUCAGAAAUGCUAAAAAACUUCGUUCCUACAUACAACGCUACGGUAUACGCAAGAUUGAGGAAAGCCGGCGCUUGUUUGGUAGGAAAAUGUAAUUUAGACGAAUUUGCAAUGGGCUCCGGUACCAUCGAUUCCAUAUUCGGUCCAACCCGGAACCCAUGGCAGUACGAAAGAAAUAACUGGAAAAUAGCUGGUGGCAGCUCUGGUGGAAGCGCUGUUGCCGUGACCACCGGAUCAUGCGUAGCUGCAAUAGGCUCUGACACUGGUGGUUCAACUAGAAAUCCAGCAGCUUUAUGUGGUGUUGUUGGGUUAAAACCCUCAUAUGGCCUGGUGUCACGUUAUGGCCUAAUACCUUUAGUAAAUUCAAUGGAUGUACCAGGAAUACUGACAAGAGAUAUUGAUGAUUGUGUUGCCGUAUUGAAUUCAGUGGCAGGUCCUGAUGACUUAGACUCUACGACUAUCAAACGAGAUUAUAAACCAAUAGAAAUUCAAGAUAUUGAUAUGUCAUCCGUAAAGAUUGGUAUACCAAAAGAAUAUCAUUGUGAGGGGAUGGAUAGGGAAGUAAUAGACACAUGGAGUUAUGUUAGUGAUAUUCUUGAAAAAGAAAACUGUAUUGUAAAACAAGUCUCUUUGCCAUAUUCCUCAGCUUCAAUAGUAGUAUAUUCUAUACUGAAUCAAUGUGAAGUCGCAAGCAACAUGGCUAGAUAUGAUGGUAUUGAAUAUGGUCUUAGAACUGAUGAGACAUAUUCCACAGAAGAAUUGUAUGCGUCAUCGAGGCUACGAGGAUUCAGUGAGGUGGUAAGAUCUAGGAUUUUAACAGGGAACUAUUUUCUACUGACGAGAAACUACAACAAAUAUUUUAUUAAAGCUUUGAAACUACGAAGGCUUAUAUCAGAUGAUUUUAAUAAAGUUUUUAAUGGGGAGGAUAAAGUUGAUCUUCUAUUGACACCAACCACAUUAUCUGACGCGCCGUCUUAUGAAGAUUUCUCAUUGAAGAAUAAUCGUGAUCAAUGUGCUUUUCAAGAUUUUUGCACACAACCAGCAAACAUGGCCGGAAUACCAGCAGUUUCAAUACCGAUCAGACUAUCUAAAAAUGGUCUUCCGUUAUCCCUGCAGCUCAUGGGGCCGAUGUUUUCUGAAGAACUGAUGUUAAAUGUAGCGAAGAAGAUUGAAAGUAUUGUGAAAUUUCCCAGUUUUGAUAACACUACGUUAGCUGAUAAAUUUGUUAAAAUAUAAAAUAUUAACAAUUAA